AUGUUUCUAUUCUGGAAUUAUCGAUGGUUUUUACUACAUUUUAUAUUAGAGCAACUGCAUAUAAAUUAUGUAAUAACAACUUGGCCAACAUCAAACACAUCCAACAUUCAACUAGUAGGUCUGUUUUCAGAUGCAGAAAAUACAUCUGAUCCUACGGAUUCGUCAGUACAUUCACGUGCUAUGUUCAAGGCAGCACUCUUACUUUCUCAACAAUAUAAUAUAACAGUUGAAGGACAAUUCAUAGGAUGGCAAGCCGUGCAAACUGGUGCCAGUUCAAUUACUGCUGUUAGUGGUAUAUGUGAAGCAUUAUCUACUUCUGACAUUUUUGGUAUUGUGGGCCCGUCAUUAUCGCUAGAAGUUCCUGUUACAGCUGAAUUUGCUAAAAAAGUUGGUAUUCCUGCUGUAUCAUAUGCCGCAACUAAUCCAGAUUUGUCUAAUCGAAAUAUGUACCCUGCUUUUUAUCGUGUAGUUCCUUCAGAUAGUGCCGCUGCAAUAGCAAUUGUAAAACUAUUUAUUCGAUUUAAUUGGACUUCAUGCAUAGUUAUUUAUCAAAAUGAUCAAUUUGGAACUGGUGGCGCAAAUGUAAUAAAAGAUGAGUUCCGUAAAAAUAAUUUAACAGUGGCGAUAAUGGUGGUGUAUGAUAUUGAAACACGUAGUAUUCGAGGUAAUUUGAGUACCAGUUUAAUCGGUAGUACAUCACGAAUUGUUGUGUUAUGGGCGACUUCGGCUCAUACACCUUUAAUUUUACAAAAUGCGCUUGAUUCUAAUGUACUUGGUCCAAAAUUUACUUGGAUACUAAGUUCAAGUGUUCGAUUUGACUCCUCUGAUCAAAAAUUUUCUCAACAAUUAAUUGGAAUGCUUACUGUAGAACCUGCAAUAGCAAGUACUGUUGGCGCACCAAUUAAUACAAGAUUGUUAAAUGCAGCAUGUGAUAUAUGGCAACAAUAUGAAAAUGAAACAUUUCCUGGAUUAGCAAAUAUAGAUAAUUAUGCACUAUUUGCAUUCGAUACAACUUGGUUAUUGAUUCAA